AUGAAAAUCAAAGUUGAUGUUUCAGGUAUCAGACUAUAACAAUUAAUAGGUAAAUCUACAUAUAUCAUUAAUAGAUGAUGUGGUGGAAAUUUAAAAUUAAAAAAUAAUGAACAUUCUAAAAUAUUAUUCAAACUUUGCUGAACUUAAUCAAAAAAGCUAGGUCUUAAGAAAUCUUCUCUGA